UAUAUUUUAUUAUUUUCUUGUAUUAUUUUUAGUUAUUUUCUGUUAUUAUAGUAUUUUACUGUAUCAAUUUUUUAGUGUUUUUUAUUAUUUUUAUUGGGUUGCUAGGAGACCAAGUGGGCGGAGCUUAGCCUUCUAACUGGCAGCAAUUGGAUAAAAACAAUUAUUCCUCUCCCUCUAAUUAGGACGUUAUUAUUCUUUUCUUUUUGUUGUAUCAACCUAGAGGCGUGGAUGAUGGGUUGUGUUGUCAAAUUUCGAGGUUGGGGGGCCUGUAGUUUUGUUGUUUUGUGGGUUGCCGUGAUGCCAUCACUCAUAUUAUAUAUAAUUUGUUUACAUUUGCUCCCAAAAUUAUGUAUACAUAAUUUUGGAAGAAAUACCAAACAAAUCCAGAAAUAUAAGUUGCUAUGGGUCUAUAAAUUUGCAUAAAAAUGUCAAUUUCCCCUAUUAAAGGUGUAUACUGGGACAGCUUUGUAUCAAUAAUAGCAAUGGGUUGCUAAUGCGCAUGCGUUAAAAAGUGUCUGGUUCCCUCUGCAAUGACUGGGAAAAGCCUUCUCUUUCUCCUUCCCUUACAAAGAUGGCUGCCAAAUUUCGCUGCCACUACUAAAAUGGCCUCCUACUUCAGGGGCGGGAUUUGUGAGCGAGAGAUGGGCCCCGCCUAUGUCCUUCAUUCCCAUUGGCUAGGAUGCACAGGAGGCAGCCAAUGGGGUUGCAGGGCGCGCUGGUUGCUUCUGGGUUGUUUUGAAGGAGGAAGAACUGAAGAAAAAGGAGCCAAGGAGGAGUCCGGCAAUGCUGGAGAGAGAAGAAAAAGAAGGGCGAGGAGGGGCCAAAAUGACCCUCUCUGUCCUCCUGGCGGGAAGAUCGAAGAAGCAGCGACAUGGGCGUCGAAAUGGACAGCGACUGCAGGAAAAAGCCCUGCGUGUCUUGAGUUGCCAUCAGAACCUGGACGAACUCCUCCGUGAAGUGGGAAGUUCUGUAUGUAAAGAAGUAUUAUUAAUUCCUGAUAAUUCAGGCCGAGAAUCCUCAGAACUGCUUCUGGUCUCUGCUUUGCAGGAUCAAGCCACUGCCUUGGGUUUGCCGGUGGGGAUCCUCUCGGCCAGAACGGCUGCAAGGAACCUGGAGAAGAUCUCUGCGGAGUCUGGUCAGGCCACGCUGCUGAAAGGAGAGCCAAGAGAAAAGUUGUCUUGCCUGCUGAACACUUUGAAGGAUCUGGCCUCCCAGAAUGCUUUCAGCCCAUCAUUGUUUGCUCAAGAAAUGUGGAAAAUGCAGAGCCCACUCACCCUGGACAUGGCAUGGCACCUCCACAGAGAAGGCCUCUUGAGCCUGGACGAGCUGCUGGAAAAUAAUCCAGACACGUCUGCGUUGGUGGAUUGGCUGUGCCGUGGUCUUUGCCUUUUGUGCAGCGAAACAGAAAGCUCUUCCUUGGACUCAGAGCACCUGGGGAGCCUCCUGACAGGCCUGGCAUCUGUCUUCCUUCGUCACGGAUUUCCGAAGACGUCUGAGCCAGGAAAGAAGUCGCCAAGGCUGUCCAAAAUUUACUGUGCUGUCCUUGGGAGGAUGCUGGCAUGGCUGCUUGAUUCUGUGGCCAAAGAGAAGCAGGAAGGCUCUUCUUCCCUGAAGGCUGCAAAAAGCUGAUAACCAAUGAAGAAAUAGAGGAUGAUCUCACAUCCAAAGAGGAGAAAGAUGAUUCCAGGCUGAAGGAGGAAAGUGACCGAAAGAACGAAGAGAGUCUGGAAAAUGACCAGCAAAAAGGAGGAGCAGAGACCAAACAACUGGACCAAACGACAAGGAUUCUUUCUCCCACCUUGGACAUCAUUCCACAGAAGAUGCCUCCAGUCAAUAGAGGCCAGGCUACCUCUAUGCGGAUUCUCUCACUGAUUGACUUUGCAGCUUCGUUGCUACUCCGUGCUAUUCAAGCUGGCUAAUUGCAACAUUCACUCUUGCUUCACACAGACAAGGAUUCUUUGUCCCACCCUGGACAUCGUUUCACAGGAGAUGCCUCCAGGCAACAGAGGCCAGGCUACCUCACUGAUUGACUUUGCAGCUUCGUUGCUACUCCGUGUUAUUCAAGCUUGCCAAUUGCAACAUCCACCCUUGCUUCACACAGACAAAAGUUAUUUCUCCCACCCUGGACAUCGUUUCACAGAGGAUGCCUCCAGGCAAUAGAGGCCAGGCUACCUCGCUGAUUGACUUUGCAGCUUUAUGGCUACUCAGUGUUAUUCAACCUUGCCAAUUGUAACAUCCACACUUGCUUCACACACACAAGGGUCCUUUCUCCCAUCCUGAACAUUAUUCCACAGGGAAUAUCUACACUCCACUCUGAAGAUGCCAUUAGCCACAGGUGCAGGUGAAACGUCUCUCUCUCUCUGUACGGGAUGCAUGCCGGCCAACUGUCGCCGGCGCAGGAUGGGGUCUUUGAUGCAGAGAUAGACAUUGGGGUUCGGAUUCCCACGGGGAUUUUUUCUUUCUUCUUUUUUCUCCAUCUUGGACAUUGCGGUUCGGAUCACAACGUCUUUGGAGAUGAGAUAGCAACUGUGAGGUCUGGUGUGUUGUGUUCCAGAAGCAUUCUCUCCUGAUGUUUUGCCCACAUCUAUGGCAGGCAUCCGCAGAGGUUGUGAGGCCUGUUGGAAACGAGGCAAGAGGGGUUUGUAUAGAUCUCUAUGGAAUGAUGUCCAGGGCGGGAGAGAGAAAGAACUCUGUCUGUUGGAAGUACGUGUGAAUGUUGCAAUUAAUCACCUUGAUUAGCAUUGAACACAACCUACAAACUGUCUCCAGACCAACUAAGGAAGCCCAACAGUUGCUCCGUUCAGCAAAGGGCCGGAAAAGGGAUCCUCUCUCCUCUGCAGAAGUCUACCAUAAUGCCAUGCAGCUGCGGACAAGUCUACAGACAAGUCUAUAGUAAUAAUAAUAAUAAUAAUAAUAAUAAUAAUAAUAAUAAUAAUAAUAUGCCUCAAGUACCACCUCCCAGCAGUAAAGAACUGGUGGGAUCACAAACCUGCAAAAGUAUUGGAAAAUGAGCAUGCAAAGAUACUGUGGGACUUCCAAAUCCAGACUGACAAAGUUCUGGAACACAACACACCAGACCUCACAGUUGUGUAAGAGAAAAAGGUUUGGAUCAUUGAUGUCGCCAUCCCAGGUGACAGUCGCAUUGACGAAAAACAACAGGAAAAACUCAGCCGCUAUCAGGAUCUCAAGACUGAACUUCAAAUACUCUGGCAGAAACCAGUGCAGGUGGUCCCGGUGGUGAUCGGUACACUGGGUGUCGUGCCAAAAGAUCUCAGCCGGCAUUUGGAAACAAUAGACAUUGACAAAAUUACGAUCUGCCAACUGCAAAAGGCCACCCUGCUGGGAUCUGCACGCAUCAUCCGAAAAUACAUCACACAGUCCUAGACACUUGGGAAGUGUUCGACUUGUGAUUUUGUGAUACGAAAUCCAGCAUGUCUAUCUUGUUUGCUAUGUCAUAAUAAUAAUAAUAAUAAUAAUAAUAAUAAUAAUAAUAAUAAUAAUACAUCACACAGUCCUAGAUACUUGGGAAGUGUUCGACUUGUGAUUCUGUGAUAUGAAAUCCACCAUAUCUGUUUGCUGUGUCAUAAUAAAAUAAUAAUAAUAAUAAUAAUAAUCCUGUAAUAAUACUGUAUUCACAUAAUGAUUUUGUGAAAUGAAAUCCAGCAUAUCUAUCUUGUUUGCUGUGUCAUAUAAUAAUAAUAAUAAUAAUAAUAAUAAUAAUAAUGUUCAGGGUGUCGACGCACCCUUUGAGCAGCUUGGCUUUGGGGGAUGGAGGCCAAUGCCUGCAAAAUACCUUCAAGUAAGUUUUUCACAUCCAAUUAAUUCUAUCGUAAGCUAUUUCUUAGGGCUGCCGGCCUGGAUAGCAAGCAAGCAAGCUGUUCCUGCCCAAGCUCAACUGGUUUUGCAUUGGGUUCCUUUACGGUUUCAAUAGUGCGGACGUAUCAAAAAACCCAUCUGAGCCAAAAUGGCCUCCCGAAUUCACGGCAAGUGAUCAACCCUAUAUACUCCAGCCAUUUCACAUCUGUGCAAUAAAAGUAUAAAUAUUUCGACCUAUGCAUGUUUCUAUCGUUCUGGAAAAGGUCCCACUUUGGUCCCUUUCCCCCAAAGACUAGACAGACCUUCCAAUAGGUUAGGAAAGUGCCCUUUGGGGACUAUAACUCCCCAAAUCUUUCACCAAUGCUCUGUAUUCAGGCCCCAAAGGAAAUCCUACAGAAAAUCCUAAAUCACUGGGUCCAGUGCAAGGCAACGAGGACUCCGUUCCCCUUUCUCCAACUUAGUCAUAGAAUUAGAAGGGCCCCCAAAGGUCAUCUAGCCCAGCUCAGGAUCUCCAAGCAUCCCCAAAUGUGUCGGACUACAGUUCCCAUCUCCUGAUAUUGACACUCUCAUCUCCGAGGGAUUAUUAUUAUUAUAUUCAUUUAUAUCCUGUCAUAGAAUCAUAGAAUAGUAGAGUUGAAAGAGACCUCAUGGGCCAUCUAGUCCAACCCCCCGCUUCUUAAGAUUGGCUCUGGAUCUCAUGGUGCCAGGGUGCAGUCUGUCCAGUGCCUUCCAAGUCACCCAGCCUUCUGUGUGCCCAGGAGUCACUCAUUUGGUAUGAGCCAUGGAUUGAGGUUCUGGGUAUUAACUUGCCACUUUUGGACUGUCACUAGCUGAGAUGUUCCUGUGAGUAUCUCUGUAGAUCUCAGAAAGCUGUUUCUUGAUUUAAGGUGUUGCCUUGCUGGCUGAUAUCAGAACAGAGGACUAGCCAGAGAUGUCAAUGCCUUGGUCCUUUCAUUAUUGGCUGCUACUUCCCGGCAGAUGUCAGGUGGUGCAAUACAGGCUAAACAGUAUAAUUUCUCCAGUGGUGUAGGGCGUAGACAUCCUGUUAUAAUGUGGCAUGACUCAUGAAAAGACACAUCCACUGAUUUAACAUGGUGAGAUGUAUUCCACACUGGGCAUGCGUAUUCAGCAGCAGAAUAGCAAAGCACAAGGCAGAUGUCUUCACUAGGAUAAUUCAAUCUGAAUUAUGGAGUCAAUCUGAGUGCACAUAACAAUUCAGGGAGGAGGGAGUGACUAGUUCUUAGAAUGCUACCCUCCCCCCAAACAGUCCUUGAGGCCUUAAAAAGAGACAUAUCCUUAAUUUUUAGAAUGCUGUGGUAACAGAAGAAGAAUGGAACCAUUCUAAGGCAGAACGAUACUUUGAAUUUGUUUUGAAAUAUCUUAUGGACAUAAUGGAAUGAUCGCAGAGUUAUCACUGAAACAGCUUCUUUGCUUAAUUUUCCUAACUUGCCAUAUCCUGUGUAAACUAACGGAGGAUGACGUCUGGAUCAAAAGGAGGCUAUUUUCAGGGAAUCUUUCAAAAUUAAAAAUGGUUCUUGACUAUUAGGACAUUUUUCCAUCUCGAGUCAAAUGAGAUCUAGGUAUCUCAAGGUUCAAGUUUAUUCAUCACUAGCCAACCAGGCUCUUGCAUGCAACCACAGAAACAAACCAAUAUCAUACCCAGACAUAAAUGAAUCAAAAUAGUUGAACUGGCAACAAAAACAUACAAAAUAGAUCUGACAUAGUAUCUUGUCACGUUAAAAGGUUCUCUCUUUGUCAGGCCUAAAUUGACACACUUGGCCAUUCAAUAUCUAGCAGCUAAGACAGUAAGUUCAUUUCGUUAAUUUAUUCAAGGAGCAUGACUUCUAAAAAAGUCUAUUACUACAACAGUGAUUUAAUUUUACUCUGGCGCCCUCUGCUGAAGCAAAUAUUUAACAGUCUUUUUUAACUGGCCAUAAAUAGAAGAAAAAACUAUGGCAAACACAGACUAAAUUAGAUUAGAUUAUAUUAUCUUGAGAAUGUGGUUGCAUCUCAAGAUAAUAUAAUUUAUAUAUCAUAUCAUAAUUUUAGUUUAUAAAUUAAAUACGGGUUUUUAAAAUAAGGUAUCUCAAUAUCUCAACACAAAAUAUUAAUUACUUACGAAAUGCUUCUCAUUCAAACAUUUGAGGCAAAAAUAAACAUAAUACAAGAAAAAUCUAACAAAUAUACCUAUAACCAAAAAACAACUGCUAAUCCCAGAAUGCACCAAUUAAAACAAUGGGAUCUUUAUAAGACAAGUCUACUUUAGCAAACUAGUCAUAGGUUUUAGGCCAGAGCUUUCUAACCUUCAGGUCAGCAGUUUAGCUGGCACAAGGGUUUAACCCAUUGCACCACGUGGCUCCUAACCAAAGGUUAAAACAACCCCUUAUAAAAGAUACAGAUGCGUACGUAAAUUGUAAUAACAAAAUGGAUGGGGACACAACAAUAGCAUGAAAACCUUUUAUAUAUUUAUAUAUAUGAUUUGUAAUAAAAUAACAUACAUUUUCAAGAUUUUAGUUGUUUUGCACAUCACACCCACCAACACACAGCCGCUGACACACUGUUGUGUUGCAACAUACCAUUUGGAAAACUGUUUUAGGACUGUAAACCCAGUUAUGGAAUGCCCAUCUGCUCUGAAAAAUUGCCAUUAUUAAGUUUUGUGAUUAAUUCUAAUUCCUUGGGGAUCAUUUUUCUAUUCAAAUCCAGUUUAUUAUUGUUAAGCUGAAAUACUUCCAUUCAUCUAGUGGCACUAUGCCAGUCCCCUUGUCAAAACGCUUUUACAAGCUGUUAUUACUCACAAUAAGCCAAUAAAUCAUUCACAUAUUGCUGUAAACAAAAAUGAAAGCAAACACACAAAUUAUAUCAUUACUUUUCAAGUCCUGCGUUUAUGUAACAGAUAAAGGAUUUAAAUACAUUUCAAGUUGCACAGAGUUUUUUGGAUACUGUAGAAUAUCAACAGAGUAAAAGACAGUAACAGAUUACGUUGUAGAGCUGGGAAAUAUCCUUUUUAGACUACAAUUCCUGCAGUCCCUCUGGAGGUUCCUGGAACUUGUUGUUGCUGUUUUGUGCCUGUAAGUCAUUUCUAACUUAUGGCAACCCUAAGACAGGGUUGUUUUAGCUAGAUUUGUUCAGAAAGGGUUUACCUUUGUUUUCCUCUGAGGCUGUGAUUUGCUUUAGAUCACUCUGUGGGUUUCCAUGGCUGAAAGGGGAUUUGAAGCACUGGUCUCCAGAGUCACAGUUCAAUACAAAAACCACCACUCCACAGUGGAGAGAGGAAAUAAAUAAAACCAGCCAUGUGUAACAGGAGUUCUACUUCCACAAUUCUUCUCUCCUUCUCCCAGUCUGCUACCGAGCACAAUUCAAAGUGCUGGCUUUAGCCUAUAAAGACCUAAACGGUUUCGGUACCUAUCUGAAUGCAUCUCCCUCUAUGAACCAUCACGGAGGUUAAGAUCUUUUGGGGAGGCCUGCUCUCAGUCCCACUGCCUUCACAAGUACAACUGGUGGGGACGAGAGACAGGGCCUGCUCAGUGGUGGCCCCUCGGCUUUGGAACUCCCUCCCCAGUGACAUUAAAUCAGUGCCCUCCCUCUUGGCCUUCAAAAAGAAAGCAAAGACAUAGCUGUGGGACCAAGCCUUUGGUCAGUAAAGUGAUGCAGUGCAAGAAAUGAAGAGGGAAUAUUCGCAACUGACAAGUGGAAUAGCUUUGGUUUACGAUUUUGGAUUAUGUGAUUCUAAUGUUUAUACUAAGUUUUAAUUCUAUGUCUUAAUGUCUACAUAUUUGCUUAUGUCUCAUGCUUUAAUAUGGUUAAUAGUUUUUAAUUUCAUAGAGAUAUGUUAUAGUUUAGAUAUUGUGCUUUGGUUUUCACGUGUAUGUUUGGCAUUAUUAUGUUGGAAACCGCUUUGAGUCCCCACUGGGGUGAGAAAAGUGGUAUAGAAAUGCAAUGAAUCAAUAAAUAAAAUACACACUUA